UUCUUCUUGAAGUUUUUCCUCAAGUGCAACCAAAACUGCUUGAAGAAUGCUGGAAACCCAAGGGACAUGCGACGGUUUCAGGUUGUCAUUUCAACCACGCCCAAUGUGGAUGGCCAUGUCUUGGCCGUCUCUGACAACAUGUUUGUUCACAACAACUCCAAACAUGGCCGUCGAGCACGGAGGCUUGAUCCUUCAGAGGGAGCUACACCAUGCAUCAAAGCCAUCAGUCCCAGCGAAGGUUGGACAACUGGCGGAUCCACUGUCAUCAUCGUUGGGGAAAACUUCUUUGAUGGACUUCAAGUCGUCUUCGGUACCAUGAUUGUAUGGAGUGAGCUGAUCACCGCCCAUGCCAUCAGAGUCCAGACCCCACCCAGGCACAUCCCUGGGGUAGUGGAGGUCACCCUAUCCUACAAAUCCAAGCAAUUCUGUAAGGGUGCUCCGGGACGAUUCGUAUACGUCUCUCUCACAGAACCCACCAUUGAUUACGGUUUCCAGCGACUCAGCAAACUGGUUCCCAGACACCCUGGUGACGGAGACAGGCUUCCUAAGGAGAUAAUUCUGAAGCGAGCAGCAGAUUUAGCGGAGGUCCUGUAUGGAAUGCCUCGCAAUCAGGUCCCGAUUCCUGCCCCUCGCUCACCGGCCAUCAACAACUCCAGCGGAACUGGUGGUCUGGUUCCUAUGAACUCCUUCAGUAGUCAACUGUCUCUCGGUGAACACGAUGGAAGCGGAAGUGAACAACAGUCAGGUUUUUCCCGCGUUCAACCCAGCAGUGCAUUAUCCCCCCGCGGGUACUCCUCCGGUAUCUCCACACCUCAUAGUAGUAACGGAAGCACAGGGUCUUACUCCAGUAUGAAUGGCUACGCCAGCGCCAGUAAUCUCUCCAACAUGACCAUCCCAUCCUCACCAAGUCUCUUCAACGGAACCGCCACUGCCGUCCCUUCCUCUUCUCCAUCGUCACUACCUACCCACCCCCCUCCCAGCAGUAACGGGACUGGGGGUUCCGCCUCCCAUCGCACAGCCUCGGCCUCGCCUGGUCUAUUCUCCUUCUCUCCAGCCAACAUGAUCACUGCCGUUAAGCAGAAGAGUGCGUUUGCCCCCGUGGUGCGUUGCGGUCCCUCCGGUAGUCCCUCCCCUGGUACGGGACCGGCCGGUUUGGCUGGUCCUAUGGGGGGGACGUCAGGUGAGCGUGAGACACAAGGUGGGUGGUGGGUUUGGGCAUGACUCUACUCCCUGCGCUUGCUUUUUGACCCCUCCCCCUCUCUCCCCCCUCCCCUCACACCCCCCCCCCCCCCACACCUCAUUCUCAGUACAAACAUUCUGUUCGUUCCAGCCUCUACCAUUGCUGCUAACCCAAUCAAUGUUCCCUGCAGUAUUUGCUUUUCUUUUUCCUUUCAUUCAUGCUUUACUUGCCAAGUGAAAUCAUUCUAUUUCUAUCUUUAACUAACCCAAAGUCAAAUCAUUCUAUUUCUAUUUUCAUCUAAUUUUAUGCAUGCUUCGUUUCUCUCUGUCGCUAAUAUCUUGCACUCUCCAUCCAUUCAUCCUGCCACUCUUUGAUGACUGUUGCCAUGCCAACAAACCCACCACCUCACCUCUCAAUGUCUCUCUGCUCAUCAAUAUCUGAUAUCAAUCAAUUGAUUGAUUAUUGAUUAUUGAUCAAGCCGUUUAAAUCCUUUGAUUGACUCAUUUUUACAUUCGACAACGUCUACUUUUAUUUGAAGUUCGUUUACUGUUCCAAUUAUUCUACAAUCAUUUAUUAUUAUUUUUUUCAUCUAGUUGUCAACAUGUUCACGUUAAUUGGAAGAUUAAUUGGAAGAUGACAUCAAUUGUACCGAUUCUUCAACUUUUCCAGCAAAAAUUAUGCCCUGUAUUCCUUCAUGAACUGCAUGGUUCCCUGGCCUACUUCCCCUUGUAGUUGUCUCGAUAUAUCUCUGCAACUAACUCAUUAGAUAUAAAGCUGAUUCACUCGACUAAUCAUAAAUAAUUCAAAUUUCUCUUUCUUUAUUUAUUCCAUGAAAUGUACCUGUACUUUGAAAAGCAUUUCAAUCCUUAUUUAUUUUGACAUUUGAAAGUUUGACUUUGAAUCAAAAUUCCACAAGGCUACCAGUUUAAAUGUUUCAUAAAAUCAUGCCAAAGUUUGCCAGUAAUUGUCCUCAGUAUAUGUUGCAGCAUUGUCUCAAGUUUAGUUGAAGAUUCUGUUUUUAAUACAAAGUUACAUCUUUGAGUGCAUUUGAUUAGAACUUCAAGGCGCUUGACAAUGACGUUAUAAAGCUUCCGUUUUAACGCUGCACAAUGAGUAAUAGCCAUUAAGCGUACUUGCCAAUAAUACAGAGUCUGAUAAUCGUAUUGUACCCUACUCCUCGCCAACCCAGAGUAGUUCUCCAGCUAAAUUGAUCACAUUACCUUGGCGAUUCCUCCAGCCUUUCAAAUCCUAACCCUUUACGUCAAAAAGACGUACAGCCCAUACAAUAAUUUCUGCCACAGAAAACAAGCAAAUCUUGUCUCUAAUAACGUCGGCCUUUUGUUCCGUGUCCAUUUCACCCAUUUCCGCACAAGAAAACCCCGCAUAGUCAUUGAGAAAAACAGGCCUUCCUGUAAUUGGAUUAGCGUGUUUAUUAUUUACCCUUGAUUUGCAGGCAAGGACUCGUCAUGCCUCUCUGAAGGCCAAUCAUUUCCAUUCAGAGUCCAAAAAAAAAAAAAAAUUGUAGUCGGCGAAGGAUAAGAUGACAAUGCCAGAUUACUGUGCAUUCCUUUGUCCUUUUGUUCCUAUCUCCACUUGGCAUUUUGACGUCUGCUUUGCAAUCGUAUAAUUCCAAUUGUGCGACUUCAAUCCAAUCUGAAUUGAUAUUUAACUAUCACAUGUCCCCGGGGAGAAUUAUAGGACAUGAAUGCGUGCAGUUGGCAAGAUCUAUGGAAUAGACGGCAUUGAACAUCAACAGCCAACAAAAAUAAAAGAAUAUUUUUUGUUUGUCAAUUGCUGUGAAAAUUUGGAAGAUAAGACUAAAAGAUCCAAGUAGUACAGUCUAAAUUUAAACAUGAAAGAAGCACACUCUUUGGGAACUACAUUUUCAUGGAGGUUGCAUCAUUGUAUUUAAUUUAUGAGUUCAACUGAGGUUCAGCAAAACAAGAUCAGGAAAUACAGGAGCUUAAGAAGGUAGUCAUUACUGCCUGGACUGUUCUUGAGCCUGUAGUUGAAGCAUUACGCAGCAUUUCAAGGCACGGUCGCUUGCAUGAGGCCAUUAUACCAGAGAGACUUGAACAUUUGUAGUAGAUUGUGAGUCAUCUCUUCAAGCUAUGUCUUGCUUUGUUGCCCAGCCUAAGAUUUAUCGCCGCUCGGGACACCCCCACGACACACCGCUAAACAAUGAAAUAGUCAGACUCUGACUGGAUAAUUUGGUGAUAUAUGGGAGGGUUCUGAUGACAGUAACCAGCUGAAACAUUUAUGGAGGGAAAUUUUCGACACGCAUUUUGCUGUCUUUCGCACUGCUUCAAGUAUAAAAAUCUGCUGUAAUUUUAUUCUGGUAGCCUGUGUAAAAGAUCUGAAAAAUAUAAAUUGCUUUUCACUCAAACAAGCCAAGAAAAGGACAGAAUCCAACAUGUAUGAAAACAAAAUUGUUUCUUGAAUUGUAGUCACACCUGUUCAAGUGGCCUCUUUGACAAAACUUUUACCAAGCCUCGAGUAAUUAGCUAGGUCGCUUGUUCAAUGUUACCACCUGCUCAUUAUGAGUGUCAUUUCUGGACACCUGCCAAUAAUAAUGGCCACCUACUACUACCCUACUCCGGCCACCUGUCUUCUUUAACCACUCAAUACAGGUGUGACUGCUGUAAUGAAACAAACAUUCGGCGCUUUCAUCAGCAGAGAAGCUUACCCUAGGUCUUGUCUCUCUCCCCUUUUCUCUCUCCAUCUGACAUCCCAUCUGUCACCCCCCUGUCCCUUACCCCACAGGGUCAUCAACCAUGAUGUCUCCAUCUUUCUGUGGAGUAGGGGGACCCUUUGCCCUACCUACAUGCGGUGUACACACCUAUGGCACACACAUAGAAAGUCCCAGCAAGUAAUUGGUCUGUCAGUUGGUCACUCGAUCACACUGUCUGUCUGUGGGAAGACAGGUGACGUCUUUUAAAUUUUGUGAUGGGCCAAUCACAGGGGACAUUUGAAGGUCUUUAAAAUCAAGCAGCAACUCAUUAUGAGCAGCUCUCUGCCAUCAUCUUAAAAAAAAUCUUGAGACUGUCUGCAGAUUACUUCCUGCCUCCUAUUAAUGCAAUCUUGCCUGUAGGAGGUCAGGGGUUCCAUGCCAGAUCAAGCUCUUAAUACAGGUUUUGUUUCUUGCGGAUGCUAGCUCUCGCUGACGCUAACACAUAAAUUUAGCUCUCAAACACUGAACUGUGGGGGAAACAACCGUGGUAUUACUUGUAUGUCUUCAGCUGCAUUUCUGAAAUUAUUUGCUUGUGAGAGAAGGAAUAGUUCUUGGAGAAUACAUUUUGGAUUAAAAGUCCAUGAAAAGUGAAGAUCUGGUCAACAAUCGAAUGCCAAAAGUAGUUUACAAACUUGUCAAUGUCCUGUCACGUUAUGUUAUAAAUCUGUGUAUGUUUACUAGUAGUCUGGAGAUUUCGGUUCUGUUUCAAGAAAAUAGAUCAAAUUUUAGGCCACCUUGUCUUUUUAACUAGGACAGCUUUUAUCAUCUUGAAUGAAAAUAUACAGGGAAGUUUUUUAUUCAGAAGAAAAAUUGAUUAUGACGAUAAUGAUUUAAGAUGAUUAUUAUUAUAAAAAGUAUGGUGCCAAGAUCUUAAUUCAUUAAUGAUUAGGGCUUUAUCUGAAGCCCAGUACUGGUUUUUACCGUCAAGCUUUUUGCUGCUUUUGUACAUAUUUGCUUGUUACGUUUAAGGCUGUGCAAGGGGAAAACCAACACUGUUAUUUUUGUACUGGCGUAGGAACUGAAACAACUUAGGAUGAUCAUGUACAUGUACGUAAACCUCUUAUAGGUGGAAUUUUAAAACAAAAAGAGGUUCACCCAUUUGGGGUGUAUUGCUUUUAAGUAUACCUUAGAUUUUUAUAGCGGAUUUAGAGAAUCCAGGCUAUUAUUUUUGGUAUCAAUCACGCCAAAUCUUAGCAAAAGGGUAAUUUUUCCAACUAGAUUGUAAGUGUUCAGACCUGUCAUAUUAGAAUGUGCAUUUCCGCAUUUGCUGUUAUUGAAUUGGAGAAGAGGUUUGGACGAGGGGAACAGUUUUAUAAUUUCUCCAUCUAACGCCCUUGGUCGGUCGUAGAAUACUGUACCUUGAAUCAUUUCACCAUUUUUACCUCAAAAACAGUCCUUUUUUUCUGACUGUUCAAUGCUUUUUUUUCUGAUUUAUGCUGUCUAGAUUGAGUAUUUGUCCAACUUUAAUGGGUAAUUCAGAGUUAAAAAAAAAAUGAAGAUUUUUUUUAUUUUUUACUUUAACUUGAUCAGGUGUUCAACCUCGUCAUGCUUAAGGAGACUAAAAGUAUUCAUUGCAAAAAGCUGUCAUAUGUGGCUUGAACAAGACUGUAAGUGUGUAUUACUUUGUUUUUCAGAGCUGUAUAAUAUGUCUGCCCAUCUUCUUAGAUGAGGAAAUAUUAUUAUCAGUGGUUAGUGUGGGCAUUCUGGAUGUCCAAAGCAAAAUUUGGCAUUGUAAUUUCAAUAUAAUCUGUUUUAUUUCAUCCGAAGUCAUGAAUGAGAGGUGAUUUUUUGCUCUUGCCUGAAAACUCAUCAAACUUUGAUCCAAACGGAACAAAAUUAUUUAGCCAUUCUUUAGAAAGGCUUGCACCUUCUCCUUGGAUCUGCUGAUUUCCUCGUUUUUUACUUCUCAUGAAUGCCAUUACAAAUUAAAAAAUACUUUACAAAGUGUUUUGUAAUUUGGAGUUUCCUCGGUUUUUUAAAAUUCCCAGUUGCAUGCCUGUUUAGAUACCACGUUGAAACUUAAAUUUGGAAGAAGGAUAUAAAAAUGACAUUUUCGCAAAACAAAUGUUUAGAAUGAUAGUAAAAGGUUACUGGUUAUGUCUUUGGCCCUCUCUGAUUGGCAUGAUUAAAAAGUUUUGAGGGAUUUUUUUCCAGGAAAUUAAACAUACAUGCACAAAGGUACUUUUCUCAACCAGUCUGCUUCCAUAUAUUAUCUUAAACUGCUACAUGUAAUUUCAAAACAUGUUGAAGGCUUUUGUGGAAGCAAAAUUGUAAAAGAAAUAACCGUUGUUUAUAUAAACAAAAAUCUGAAAUGAUUUAUUUUACAGUUUUACAGCUACUUUAAAGAGAGAAAGAGCUAUAAUCUAGAAAGACUUUAGGAUUGUCCAUACAACUGACAGUGUAACCCAUACAUGUACAAAGUGUGCAUUCUCAACACGUUAUUAUUCUUGUGUGUAUAUAAAACAAGGAAAUUUAUAUAUAAGUGCAUUUUUCUGUUUUUGUUUUUGUACCAAGACACAUACAUUUAUGUGUCUUAAGCGCUGUGUAAAGAGCUUCGGACAAAACGAUCAAAGAGAUUUUUUGUUCCAAAAAAAAAAAGAAGAGUGUAUAUAGCUGAGUUUCUUUUGAAGAAAAGUUUUAAAACAUGACAAACCAGAUACAGUAUUUGAUAAGAUUUUAUAAAAUCUUAAAACUAUAUUAAGUUUUUGGGGAUGCUUUUUUUCUUCCAAAAUGCAGGACUGAUCAAGUUAGCACUUAAAACAAUUAAAAACAAGAAAUGGAAUGAGUUUUUUUGGGGGGUGGAAAAAAAACACACACAAAAACAGCCUUUGUUCAGCUUGUGAAUUAGCUUUGUUACUAUAUAACCGUGAAAAAUAUUCAGCUUAAAACACCCCCAGACUACACCAGAUCAUGUCAAUACAUUGUAUUCGAAGAAUUGAAUUUAUGUAUGUUUCGAAACGUAAUGGGCUUUCACAUUCUGUAUUUUGAAAGGAGACGCAUUCAUGUCAGUUAUAAAGUUUUAUCCAAAGUAAUUAUUUUCUCUGUGUAAACAGAAGCAUGUCCAGUAAAAUGGAAGAAGUUGAGACACGGAUUGUAAAUGACAAAUUAUAAUGUAUUCAAAAAUUGCUGUAUGACACUUUACAACAAGCCACAACAGUGAUAAAGACUGGACAUUAUGUUAUGGAAUUACAAGACAUCAAUGCCAGUGUAUGUAAACAUUAUUUUUAGUUAAAGGGAUCAACGGAGCAAAAAAAAUGUGCUUUGAUAUUUUUUUUGGUGUAUAAAUUGUCAGUUAUGCUGCAAUGUGUUCAAAAAGAGAUUUCGUAGGUUACAAAACUAAUCCGUAUUUUAAAACCCACAAACAUUCUUUCUUAGAAAACACCAUGGUUUCUUUAUGUAUCAUUGAGUCCUUUUUCAAGCUGUUACAACCCACGAAACUUAAAGAAAUUGAUGAAAAAUUGUAAAGAUUUUAUUUGACAAGUUCCACUAAGUGUUGUAUAUGUUAACUUGAAUGGAGUUCAUGUAACAGGACUUUUGUGCAAACAUUGAUUUUGACAAAAAAAUUGUCAUGAAUUUGCAUAGAGUGGCAUUUGGACUUAUCUGUUUCUUUUAAAUUUCUGCUGCCGUGAAACAAAGAACUCCUGUUUUUCUGGGUCAACUUUGUUGUGUUCACUAUUUCUAUGACUCAACCUUGUAUUAGGUGAUGCACAAUGGGUAUAUUGCUGAAAACAUUUACAUCCACAAAGACUUGUGGACAUCCACAAAUGCUUGUGGACACUGAUCUUGUUGCUGACGUGUAGGUAGCCUAUUGCUGUUGUGGUUGAACUGUUUCUGUUGUUCAUUGUGACUAUAUUGUCUUGAUUGGCUCUCUAAAGAUGAAAAUAUUAAUAAAAAAGGAAAUAUAAGUGAGACUA